AUGGCUUUGAUCUCAAGUUUGUGCAUCUUUGUUUUGGUUGCACAUUUUGCCACCCCAAUUGUGUGUACUCGCAGCCCUAUUAAUCAAACACCUGCCCUGUUCGUGUUCGGUGAUUCAAUUUUUGAUCCUGGAAAUAAUAAUUACAUCAACACCACUGCUAGCUUCCAAGCAAAUUAUUUGCCGUAUGGAGAAUCAUUCUUCAAGGACCCUACUGGAAGGACCUCCAAUGGACGCCUCAUUCCUGAUUUUAUCGGUAUAUUUAUUCGCGCUUUGUCAAUUCAAUGGGAGGUUAUAGAUCUUCAAACUCAGUUGAAAAAUUUCCGAAACGUGACACAACUGUUGAAGAAUAAAGUGGGUGAAACAGAGUCCAAACAGAUUAUCUCCAAUGCUGUAUAUAUUUUUAGCACUGGCACAAAUGAUUUUACACCUUUAGUAACAAAUUCGACUUUUCCAAAUUCCGAUACAGGAUAUCUACAGAUGAUUAUGGGAAAUUUGACUUCUGUUUUAAAGGGAGUUUACGAGGAAGGAGGGAGAAAGUUUGUGAUGCUUAAUUUGGCUCCAUUGGGUUGUCUCCCUUCUGUUAGGAAUCUCAAUCUUCAAAAAGGAGUCACAAAUGGGAGUUGCAUGGAGGAGGCCACAAACUUGGCGAAAAUGUUUAAUUCAGCUCUCCCAGAAAUGCUCAAAAAACUAGAGAAACAAUUGCCUGGAUUUAAGUAUACAAUAUUCAACUUCUUCAAAGUAGUUGCAGAUAGCAUUGAUAAUCCAACAAAAUACGGUUUUAAGAUAUCAGAGACGACUUGUUGUGGAAUGGGUCCAUUUCGAGGGAUUCUUAGUUGUGGAGGGAAGAGGCAGGUAAAAGAGUACGAGGUAUGUAAGAAUGUGAAAGAUUACUUGUUUUUCGACUCUUCUCAUCCCUCUGAGCAGGCCUACCAAAAAUACACGGAAUUACUGUGGAAUGGAACUCCAGACGUUGUAGCACCUUACAAUCUAAAAUCCUUUUUUAAACUUUCAACAUAACAUGAUGGUGGAAUUGU